CACAGAUCAAAAUCAAAAUAAAAUGUCCCAAGCUGAGAAAGUUUUGUCGACAGCAGCCUCGCUUGCUGCAUCGGCAAUGCUUGUUCGGAGCAUUGCUAAUGAUUUUUUACCCAUUGAAGUUCAACACUACUUCUAUUCAAGCCUACAUAGUGUCUCUCAUUAUAUGUCUUCUCAACUCACCAUUGUUAUUGAAGAAUUCCAAGGGCUCUCAACCAACCAACUGUUUGAGGCUGCUCAUUUGUACUUGGGUGUCAGAACAACAACUACCUCAACUAAGAGACUAAGGGUGGGCAAAACUGAGAAAGACAACACUAUAGAAAUAACCCUGGACAGAAAUGAAGAGAUUUUGGAUUUUUAUGAAAAUGUAAAGCUGAAAUGGAGAUUAGCCUGUACACAAGUUCCUCCGGCAUCAUCAUCAGAUUAUCGGAAUCCAAAACUGGGGGACUAUAACACCUCUCUGCGAUCAGAAGUUAGACAAUACGAGUUAAGUUUUCACAAGAAACACAAAGAUAUGGUAUUGAAUUUGUACUUGCCUCACGUUUUAGAGAAGGCAAAGGCAAUAAAAAAGGAAAGCAAUAUGGUUAAGCUUCACACAGUUGUUUAUAAUCGUUGGGAUGUAAAUCAGGUCGUGCUUAAACACCCAAUGACCUUCAAGACGCUUGCUCUGGAUCCAGAGCUGAAGAAGACUCUCAUAGAAGAUCUGGACAACUUCACGAAUGGGAAGGAAUACUACAGAAGAAUUGGAAAAACCUGGAAACGUGGAUACUUACUAUAUGGACCUCCAGGCACAGGCAAGUCAAGCUUGAUAGCAGCCAUGGCUAAUCACUUGAAAUUUGACAUCUAUGACUUGGAUUUAACAGAUGUCCAAUGCAAUUCAAGUCUUCGAUUUUUGUUGCUUAGCAUGCCAAGCAGAUCUAUACUUGUCAUAGAGGACAUUGACUGCUCUAUCAAUCUGAAAAAUCGUGAAUCAGAGGAUCUAUCCGGAAAUCAAGGAGAGAAUAAGGUUACACUCUCAGGACUUCUCAAUUUUAUUGACGGCCUAUGGUCAUGCUGUGGCGAUGAGCGCAUCAUUAUUUUCACAACGAAUCAUAAAGAAAGACUAGACCCUGCAUUGCUGAGACCCGGUCGCAUGGACAUGCAUAUCAACAUGUCAUACUGCACUGCUUCAGUAUUCAAGCAACUUGCCUUUAGUUAUCUGGGAAUAAGCCACCAUCAUCUUUUUGAGCAAAUUGAAGAGCUGAUAAUGGAGGUGGAGGUUACGCCUGCAGAAGUAGCAGGGGAGCUGAUGAAGAGUACUGACGCUGACAUCUCCCUUCAAGCCCUUGUCAAGUUUUUUCAUGCGAAGAUGGCCGAACAAGAAAAAGCAAAAACCCAAAAUAAAAUAGAACUUUAGACUAGACAACAAUGAAGUUAUGAAAAACACAAUAUUAUGUAGAGGAUCUGAAACAAACAAUACAAUUACCACCCUAUGUUGAGGACUCAAUCAACCAGGUUUCAUUCCCAUCACACUCCUGUUUGCUGAUGCACAAUCAAUGG